AUGCAUUUCACCCUCGUUUUCGCAAUACUGCUCCCUAUCAGUCACGCCAUUGAUACAGGUACUCCCGGUGUUCCAGACGAUUUGCCGAAGCAAUACCGGGUCAAUUUUGACACCAGAGACAACGGUGCAUGCCAAGGCUUUGAGGAUCUCCUGAAGACUUCAUACAGUGAGGCUUUCAUGGCUGUAGAGGCAGCAAAAACUAGCCUCAACUUUUUCAUUGCACCAAAGCCAGAACCAAAACAAGACCGUUUAGGCGUCUUGAGAUGGAAUCGAAUUGGUCGAACACUCGAAGCCCUGUUUGCGCCGCAUAAGACAGAUAACUUUGAGUCACUGCAAAAGGAUAUCCGCGCCUUACCUCAUCUCAACGGGGUACUUGGCCCCCCUUCAAGCGUAUAUUGCUCUUCAGGCUGGCGAAAAAUGUUGCAUCCAACGGACGAGGACCCGACUGACACCGAAGAUCCGAAAAGAUCAAUUUCCAUUACCCACCCCCACGAAGAUGCGCCAGCCUGGUUAUACUCGAUUCCUGACAACAAACUCGGAGAUUCUAAAAAUGCGAAUUUCAACGACCCAUGUGGACCAGACAAUCUUGCCUUCACCAUUUUUGGCUUCUCCGCGAUUACAUUCUGUCUUGACACCCUAGAAUCUAAGACUGAUGUAAAGGCAACCAUUACUGAUGAGAAAGAUCAUAUACAAACAGGUGAUCCAAUUGGAAACCAUCGCACUAUUGCUGAAAUGUGGGUCCACGAGUAUGUAGGACAAGACUUUGACGCCAUCGAUGCUCAAGGGCGACCUAAGACGCUCCCAAACGGUGACCCUGAGAAAUCGUACGGUUGGGAUAACAUUGUGAACCUUGCCAGGUUCACACCCGACCGUGCCCGGAGAACCCCUGACGCAUAUGAAUUAUUUGCCAAUGCCAUGUUUUACGAUAAUUUUGACUGGUCUAACGGACGAGCUGCUCCACUCAAAACCUAG